AUGGGUGCCGCGUGGGGGCCCCCUGGCAUCCUGGGGGCCCCAGUGGUGGCUUCUGAGUCUGGAGCGAGCCGUGGGGCCUUGGCUGGGCCCGAGUGCUCCAGAGAGCCCCACAGGCGGCUGCUCCUUGAGGAGCCUUCAGGGGACAUGGACAGAAAGCACAAAAACCACCAUGGCGAAAAGUGGGACCCAGUGAAGCCGUCGGGGCCCACCCUCCGCUCCCCGUUACGUUGCCCGUGUGCUUUGGUGUUCCAGGGCAGGAGGGUGGUGGAAUCCCCGUCUUUGGAGGGCUCGGUGUCGGCCGUCCUGCCCAACAUCAAGCUCUUUGUGGAGGAUCAGCUCCAGACCAGCAUGGUGUUGGGGGUGAUGAUAGGAGUCGGGCUGUCGGUGCUGCUCAUGGCUACCUUGAUCCUGGUGUUGGUCCGCCGGUUCCGCCUCCAGAGGUUUCAGGCCCAGGAGCAGCCCAAGUAUCGAUUUCGCAAGCGGGAUAAAGUGUUAUUCUACGGGCGUAAGAUUAUGCGCAAGGUUUCCCAGUCCACGUCCUCCCUGGUCGAUACCACCAUCUGCUCUGCUUCUCGGCCCCGCAUGAAGAAGAAGCUCAAGAUGCUGAAUAUUGCCAAAAAGAUCCUGCGCAUCAAGAAGGAGCUGCCCACCCUGCAGCUGAAGGAGCCCCCUCCCUCCGUCCUGGAGGCUGACCUGACAGAGUUUGACGUGGCCAACUCUCACCUCCCCUCGGAGGUCCUCUACAUGCUGAAGAAUGUGCGGGUGCUGGGUCACUUUGAGAAGCCCUUGUUCCUGGAGCUGUGCAAGCACAUGACCUUCCAGCAGUGGCAGCUGGGCGAGUAUGUCUUCCGGCCCGGGCAGCCCGACACCAGCAUCUAUGUGGUCCAGGACGGCAAGCUGGAGCUGUUCCUGUCCGAGCAGGAUGGAAAAGAGACCCUUGUGAAGGAGGUGUUCCCAGGCGACAGCGUCCACAGCCUCCUCAGCAUCCUGGACGUGAUCACGGGUCACCAGCGGCCGUAUCGCACUGUCUCUGCGCGGGCAGCAGAGGACUCCACAGUGCUGCGCCUGCCAGUGGAGGCUUUCUCCGCGGUCUUUGAGAAGUACCCCGAAAGUCUUGUCCGGGUGGUUCAGAUCAUCAUGGUGCGCCUGCAGAGAGUCACUUUCUUGGCCUUGCACAACUAUCUCGGCCUGACCAACGAGCUUUUCAGCCAUGAGAUGCAGCCGCUGCGGCUUUUCUCCCAGCCAGGCCACGCCUCCCGCACGAGUCCUGUCCGGCAUGGCAAGCGCGUCGUCAGCACCUCCUCUGCCGAGGACGCCAAAGAGAGUGCUGGGAAGCCAUCGGAUGUGGCCAUCAAGGACCAAGGUGACCCUUUGAAGCCUGGUCUACUGGAGCCGCCUUCCGCCCCGCUAUUGAGCCGCUGCAUCUCUAUGCCAGUUGACAUUUCAGGGAUCCAGAGGGCCCCUCGGUCGGACUUCGACAUGGCCUACGAGCGUGGGCGCAUCUCGGUUUCCCUCCAGGAAGACAGCUCCGUCUCGUUAGCUGGCUUUGCCCGAUCAGUCUCCCAUGAGCCCCGGGAACGGAAAACGGUGACGGUAGAGGAGCAGCCAUCCGGGGUCUACCACUACAAUUACUGUGAGGAUGACUCAGCAGGUGGCGACUGCCCCUUUGGGCCCUACCAGGGCCGCCAGACGAGCGCCAUCUUUGAGGCUGCCAAGCGGGAGUUGGUCAAACUGAUGAAAAUCGAGGACUCCUCCUUGCUGAAUAACCGGGUUUUGCUGCAUCACGCCAAGGCUGGGACGGUGAUUGCCCGCCAAGGGGACCAGGACGUCAGCCUGCACUUUGUGCUGUGGGGCUGCCUACACAUUUACCAGCGGAUGAUUGACAAGGCUGAAGACGUGUGCCUCUUCCUGACUCAGCCGGGCGAGAUGGUGGGCCAGCUGGCCGUGCUCACCGGAGAACCCCUCAUCUUCACCAUCAAGGCCAACCGGGACUGCACUUUCCUCAAGAUCUCCAAGUCUGACUUCUACGAGAUUAUGCGUGAGCAACCCAGCGUGGUCUUGAGCGUCGCUCACACCGUAGCGGCCCGCAUGUCUCCCUUCGUGCGCCAGAUGGACUUUGCAAUUGACUGGAUGGCCGUGGAAGCCGGACGGGCUCUUUACAGGCAAGGCGACAAAUCCGACUGCACCUACAUUGUCCUGAAUGGGCGCCUGCGAUCCGUGAUCCAGAAAGGCAGUGGCAAAAAGGAGCUGGUGGGGGAGUACGGGCGUGGGGACCUCAUUGGUGUGGUGGAAGCCCUGACCCGCCAAGCCCGAGCCACCACUGUCCACGCCGUGCGGGACACAGAGCUGGCCAAGCUGCCUGAAGGGACCCUCAAUAACAUCAAGCGGCGAUACCCUCAGGUUGUGACCCGUCUCAUCCAUCUCCUGAGUCAGAAGAUCCUGGGAAAUUUGCAGCAGUUGCGCGGACCUUUCCGAGGGCCUGGUCUUAGCGUGGCCUCCAGCUCGGAGCUGACGAACCCGGCCAGCAACCUGUCCACGGUGGCCGUCCUGCCCGUGUGUGACGAUGUGCCCAUGGCAGCCUUCACCUUGGAGCUGAAGCACGCCUUGAACGCCAUCGGGCCGACCCUUCUGCUCACCAGUGACAUCAUUCGAGCGCGGCUUGGGGCCUCCGCCCUGGACAGCAUCCAUGAAUACCGGCUCUCUGGUUGGCUGGCCCAGCAGGAGGACAUCCACCGCAUCGUGUUGUACCAGACGGACUACACCCUGACCCCCUGGACUGUGCGCUGCAUCCGCCAAGCCGACUGCAUCCUCAUUGUGGGCCUGGGGGACCAGGAGCCCAUGUUGGGGGAGCUGGAGCAGAUGCUGGAGAAUACGGCCGUGCGUGCCCUGAAGCAGCUCAUCCUGCUGCACCGUGAAGAUGGGCCCAGCCCCGCCCGCACUGUGGAGUGGCUCAACAUGCGUAGCUGGUGCUCAGGACAUCUGCACAUCAAGUGUCCACGUCGGGUCUUCUCCCGGCGCAGCCCGAAUAAGCUGAGAGAGAUGUAUGAGAAGGUUUUUGAGAAAAAUGCUGAUCGCCACAGUGACUGCUCCCGUCUUGCGCGAGUCCUCACGGGCAACACCAUUGCACUGGUGCUGGGCGGAGGCGGGGCCAGGGGCUGCUCUCACAUCGGGGUGAUCAAGGCCAUGGAGGAAGCUGCCCUGCCCAUCGACCUCAUUGGCGGCACCUCCAUUGGUUCCUUCAUCGGUGCCCUCUACGCCGAGGAGAGGAGUGCUGUGCGCACCAAGCAGCGAGCCAGGGAGUGGGCCAAAAGCAUGAACUCCGUGUUUGCCACAGUGCUGGACCUCACCUACCCCAUCACCUCCAUGUUCUCUGGUUCUGCGUUCAACGCCAGCAUCCGCAAGGUGUUCCAGGACAAGCAGAUUGAGGAUCUGUGGCUCCCCUACUUCAACGUGACAACCGAUAUCACCGCCUCUGCCAUGAGGGUCCACAAGGAUGGCAGCGUGUGGCGCUUCGUCCGGGCCAGCGCAUCUUACACCCCCUAUUUGCCUCCUCUCUGCGACCCCAAGGACAGUCACUUGCUUGUGGAUGGCUGCUAUGUAAACAAUGUCCCAGGCUCGCUGUGGCGGUACGUGCGAGCUAGCAUGACCCUUUCCGGGUACCUACCGCCACUCUGCGACCCCAAGGAUGGCAAUUUACUGAUGGACGGCGGCUACAUCAACAACCUCCCAGCCGACAUUGCGCGCAACAUGGGGGCCAAGACGGUCAUUGCCAUCGAUGUGGGCAGCCAGGACGAGACCGACCUCUGCAACUACGGGGACAGCCUGUCGGGCUGGUGGCUGCUCUGGAAACGCCUCAACCCCUGGGCAGAGAAAGUGAAGGUCCCAGACAUGGCAGAGAUCCAGUCUCGUCUGGCCUACGUUUCGUGUGUGCGGCAGCUGGAGGUGGUGAAGACCAGUUCCUACUGUGAAUACAUCCGCCCUCCGAUCGAUCGCUUCAAGACCAUGGAUUUUGGCAAGUUCGACGAGAUCUAUGAUGUGGGUUACCAGCAUGGAAAAGUGGUGUUUGAUGGCUGGUGUCGUGGGGAUAUCAUUGAGAAGAUGGUAAAAGACCGGCACUCUGCAGACUUCUAUGAGAGCAAGCGCAUGGAUGUGCUGACGUGUCCCAGUGCAGGCUUCACAGACCUGGCUGAGAUCGUGUCUCGCAUUGAGCCGGCCAAGAGCUACGUGUCAGACAACUACGCAGACGGAGAGGAAUCCGACUAUCUGACCGAGUACGAGGAGGACGGAGUAGAUGCCGUGCAAGAGGAGGAAGAUCAGGAACUGCUGUUUGCCCCAGCCGAGCAGAACGCCGCCUUUGAAACGGACGAGGAGAAGAGUCUUCGGCACCGCCUCCGAGGGACCUCCCAAGAGACUCCUGCUCCUCCCGGCUCAGCUGCCACCCCUUGA